AGACCCGCUCCGCGCGACUCUGCUCGAUUUUGGGCGCGCGUCGCGACACCACCAACGCACCACGUUAUGGACAGCACCGGUGGUAACUCGAGAAUCGAUCGAGAUAAACGCUGAUAGGAUCGGCGACCCUCGUCUCGAUAUCGGAACCGUUCCCGAAUAUUUCCUCUCGACUCGUUUUCGGCGACAACGCGCUUGCUUCCCUUUUCCUCGUUGGAGCGAAUGCACUGUCGCGACGCGUGCGCCCAAAACUUCCCUCCCGCCUUCACCGUACUCGUGAAUCGAUCGAUAUCGUCUCCACUAAUUAUCCCAUCGAUAUCGGUCCAGAUAAGGAUUCGAUCCUCUUAAUCGAGACGCACGCCGUGAAAAUUUCACGACCUUCGGUGUACGCGUACAAGCUGGACGCCCAUAGGCGUUCGCAGCACGCGGCGAUCGACCGAGUAGCUAUAGGCUCCGAUAGCUGCGAAAGGGUUAGCUGACGACUGUGUGUGAUACGUGGUGGGAACAACGAUCACGAGAGUGCACUGUUACGAAGAAAGGAGAGGGAGGGACGCAAACGAAGCUCUUAUGUUUUUGCGCUCAGCGUGGGGAACACAUCCGGAGCUUUACAUUGUUAAUCGGUGAUGCGCCGUGAACGAUAGAAGAACAGAUUUUCUAUCGAACGUGGAGACGUGAAUAUGUUCGCGUAGGGAUUAAAGUUCCGCGAACGGUGCUCGUGUUUGUAUACGUUUAUCGAGGCUCCGCUGAAAGUAUCGACAAUGUUUCGCGGUGUCACCACUUAAAGUACCCCAAGUACCGAGAAGUGUUGCGUGUCUCGAGGCUCUCCAGUUUUGGAUUUUCGAGACCGGAUCCGUCCAAGCAUUCGGGAGCCCCUGACCGCGAGUUUUCCUGGAAGGCUACCCGUGAGAAUGGAUGUAGUGUCGAGUGGAAUGCUCGUGCCAGCGAAGCUCGUGGAUAUUACCUACCACUCAUCUUUCUACUCUCCACCACCCACCGAGGCAUCGCGGUCUGGGUACGAUUCUAGUAGCGGCGGUGACUCUGACAACGAGUACAGUGUCGGCGUCUGUCGUGGGACCACCAAUCACUCGCAGAAUCCGGUCACGACAAAUGCGAGCGCACACGGGCAAGGGAAGCACAUAAACAAAGGAAGGUGGACCAAAGAGGAGGACGCUUUAUUGAAGCAGUUAGUGAGCAAUGCGGAGCAACGGGGCACCGGACUGCGAUGGGACGCGGUGGCCGGUCACUUCCCCGACCGGAGCGACGUCCAAUGCCAGCAAAGAUGGGCAAAGGUCGUGAAUCCGGAGUUGGUCAAGGGACCCUGGACGAAGGAGGAGGACGAAAAAGUGGUAGAAUUAGUGGAACGAUACGGCCCAAAGAAGUGGACGUUAAUUGCACGGCAUCUGAAGGGUCGCAUCGGUAAGCAGUGUCGGGAACGAUGGCACAACCACUUGAACCCAGGGAUCAAGAAAACCGCGUGGACAGAGGUGGAGGACAGGAUUAUUGUCGAGGCUCACCGCAGGGUGGGCAAUCAGUGGGCUAAAAUCGCCAAAUUGCUGCCAGGAAGGACGGACAAUGCGAUUAAGAAUCACUGGAACAGCACCAUGAGGAGGAAGUACGAGGCGGAAGAGGGGAGGUCCAUCACCGGAACUAGAGGGAGAGGCAGAAGAAAAACUACCGAAUCAUCGGCCUCGUCGAAAGACGUUGCUUGUACCGAGGAGGACAUCUCUAGUCACGGUCGUUUGAAACCACCAUCGACGAGCAAUGAAAGUGCAACGACUAUGAUGACCGUGCAGGGUCAUACUCUGGACAUCGACCAGCUGGACUGGACCAGGGCCUGGGACAAUCAUCAACAGAACAAUCAAACUUACCAGAGUCUUAAUCUCAACGAACGCACGCACAACACCAAUUCUCGGUUGCAAUCCCCUUCGAAACAAGGAACUUCGUCGUCCAGAGUCAAGACUGAAUCGAUCUCGCCAUUUACCAAGUAUUUUGACUUGCAAAUACAAAGUGAAUCCAUGGGUUCAAGGAGUUCGGAGAUAAGACUAGUGCCUAUGCCAGAUCUAGAAAAGAUGUCGAGCAAUAUGACGGAGAAGGAGAGAAGCAGUCCACCUCCUAUCCUCCGUCGACGUAGAAAUACUCUUCAGCAAAGAACGGAUACUCCUGACAGUGGAAACCAGUCGGAUUAUUUGAUAAUAACCCAGCAGCAGUCAGAACAACAGGAACAGCAGCAGCAGCAGCAGCAACAGCAGCAGCAACAACAACAGCAGCAGCAGCAGCAGCACACUGGCGAUAACACCCCAUCCACACCCAUCAAACAACUGCCAUUUAGUCCGUCGCAAUUUUUGAACAGUCUGAGCCCUGAAACAUCUUCGUGGCCGCGGGCGAGUACCCCCAAGGGAAGCAGUCCUGGUCCCCUCACCACGCCACAACCCACUAGUUUUCGAAGAAGUCAGAAUGACGGCAACACGCCGAGGACGCCAACGCCGUUCAAGAAUGCUCUGGCGGAGCUGGAGCGGCGUAGCGGCGCGACUACUCAGUUACCUGCUACCCCAAGUCGUCUCGAUGCCUUAACCGAGAUCAUUAAACAGGAAACCGACCGCGAGAGCUUAGCAGGGACCAGUGCCAUUCUUCAAGACUCCGGUUACAGUACGAUACGACGACGGGGUAAGGAGAACAGUGCUCCUGGUGGAAAGAGAGCGCGCAAAGCACUCUGUCAAGCCUGGGCUAACUCUUCUCAGGAUAAUUCAGACAUGAGUUUCCUUGUAGAAACACCAAGUAAAAGUUUAGACACGUCGGUAUUGUUCUCACCAGCAUCCAUGGCAUUGGAGGAUAGUUUCCUCACAGCAGGGACUAGUCCCGUAAAGACCUCCCACGACUUUGCGUCCGUUCAACGGAAGCCUAAUGCCAAGAGGGCGAUCACAUUCGACGCGUUCGACAGUCCCUGCUGUAUACUCAGCCCCCUGCCGCUCAGGCCAGUAAAACGCGCCAAGCUACAGUUGGAGGCGCAAUGGGUAACAGUGGCCUGCGGACGCACGCGUGAUCAGCUCGAGAUGACGCGAGCUGCCCGUCGAUUUCUCAGCAGUCAUGGAUACCUAUCGCUACGUCCUCGUUCUCUGAAUUUUUAGAGUCUUUCCGGAAAUGCCGGAGAGAGAACGGGGGAGGCUCGGUCGCACAUCGUGGUACAAAAGUAAAACACGCGACGUUUGAACUAGUCGUAGUUAAAACUAUGCGGCGCUUCCGUUUAAGGAAUAUGGCCUUUCUUUCUAUCGAAUAUUACGCGAAUCUGUCGAGUGAAUUUAAGGAAAGAACGAACAGGUGAAAAUACGAACGUAUUAGGAAAUUUUACGCGGGCUGAAAUGACGCGGUGUGCAUCGGGGCAUGCUCCCAAUGUGCGCUGUCGCUGCGGUCAAACUGAAAUUUAUCGACCAACAUUUUUCUAGAUGACAAAUUUCGUGUAACGAAUAAUUAAUCAACUUGUGAUCUGUUAUACUUUGUAUAAAAUUCACGAUGUAAAUUAUGUUGAUUAAAUGAUACAUCUCAAGUUAAACGAAUCUUAAGCUGAUAAUAAAUCGUUAUAUAGAGUUUUUAUCAUCUAAAAUAGUGUCUUAAUUAUACCGAGAUGGUAUACGUUAAAAAAUUCAGUACCAAACAAAGAAAAAAAGAAUAAUUAAUGUACAUAAGGCGAAUUAGGUAUAUGUUCGAACCUAACCUUGACGCCGUUAUUCAAAUACAAUUCUGCCUAUCUCUGCAAGUUCAAAUAUAUUCUAAUAUGGUCACAUUUUGCAUGAACGAUUAAAUUAAGUUGACCAGACUACAGAUGCCCCGAAGCACAUCGUGUAUCCAAGCCAGUCGAAUUCUAAAAAAAAACCACGGUGCAACCGAAAUUGCAUCCAAAAGGGGAGGAAAUGUCACGUUGCUUUACCUAGACUUUAGUUCGCAGUUUGUUCUCGGCUAAGGUACGCGACAAAAGACAUUUCUGCCUUUUUUUUUCUCUUUUUGUGGGUGAUAAGAAGUUGCUACAAAAUGACGUGCGCAUUCCCUCGUGUAGCACACGAGGAAAAACACAGCGAGUUUUUCGUGGAAAGUAAUCGUAUUUUUUUUAUAUCGCUGUAAACAUUGCAUGUGACAUUGCAACGUUUACAUUCGAAGAAACGUGCAUGUGGAUCAUGAAUUCGACAUUUUUGUUAUAAUUUGUUACAAUCAACAUUUUUUGUUAUUUUGUUUUAUAAGCACACCGGGUAGCGACUUCUUGUCACGUUCGUGCGAGAAAACGUAAGAUAAAAAAGAGGAAAUGAUAGCCGGUUUAUUUGAUACAUAUAUAUUAUGGUAUAUAUUAUAUAUAAUAUAAAACAAAAGCAUUAUUGCGGCCGUUAUGUACAAAGAGCCUUUGUAACUGGUAUUUAAUUUACAACUGAAUAAUAAAGACGUGAUGAAUAAUCACACUAAAAAAGAAA